CGAAAAGUGAUUUGGACGUGUAUUGUCGAGGAUCCCUCGUUGUUCUUUCGUCACUUUCUCGAGAAGCUUACCAAUCGAGAGCGCCAGACGCUUUCAAAUGAAUACCGUACCACGGCCAGUUAUGAGUACCUCAUGUCACUUUUGCGCAAACUGAUCCUUCGUUUCAAUCCGCUGCCCAGUCAAGCUGCUUAUUCUCUUCUCAAUUAUUUGUUCGGGUUUGUUAUGCACUAUGUGCGAGCUCAAUGCGAAGGCUCAGACAAGGCGCUUGGUAUGGCGCUUUCGUUGACGUGGACCUCCUCAGCACCCGAAUGUCCAUGGCUUUAUUCUCAAAGCCCGCUGUCAAACAGACGUGAAGAAAGAGCAAUGCGA